AUGGGGUUUACCUCAAAAUGGCGCAACUGGUUGAGGUUCUGUUAUGCUACUUCAUCAUUUUCAGUUUUAAUUAAUGGAUCUUCUUUUGGUUACUUCACAAGUACAAGGGGAGUUCGACAGGGAUGCCCUGUUUCUCCUCUUUUGUUCAACAUUGCGAUGGAGGUUUUUUCCAGAUAUAUAGAUAUAGUUGCGAAUCAGGGUCUUUUCAACGGUUUCUCAGUCACACCUACAAGUACCAUAGUGAAUCACCUUCAUUAUGCAGAUGAUACGAUUUUCUUUGUUGAAAAUAACAAGGAGCAAUUACAUAAUCUGUUUUCAGCUUUACAGUGUUUUGAGUACAUUGCAGGUUUAAAGGUAAACAUUGCCAAGAUAAGGCUUAUUUCUGUUGGAGAAGUCCCAAACUUAGCCUUGUGGGCUGAGGGAUUCGGUUGUGCAAUAGACUAUUUACCUUUCCAGUAUUUGGGAAUGCCGUUAGGUGCUAAGUCCAGUUCGAAGAGAAUUUGGGACCCAAUUGAAAUUCGACGCCAGAUUAUCCGUCUGGAGACGUAUUUCUUUAUCAAAGGGAGGUUUGGUGUCGAAAAGAGCAAGCUAUGGUACAAGAUAAUAGAGGAGAAAUAUGGCUCAGAGUUUUCUUAUUGGAAUCCCGGUAAAAUUGCUACAACAUAUGGUAUCUCUUUUUGGCGAGCCAUUGCGGAAACUUCUAAUCUUGUGAGUGCCAAUUCUACCUUAUACUUACAUUCAGUUGCUGCAAUGAUAUCUUUAGAAGGUGGUUGGAAGUUUGAUUUUAGGCGUGUUCUUUCAAAUACAGAGGUGGUGGAAUUUGCUACACUACUUACCAUUAUAGGGGACAAUCCACCUACUCAAGAUGAUCUGACGGAUACUCGCAGAUGUAAACUUAACCACACAGGAGUUUUUACUGUGAAAUCACUAUAUGCUAAAUUAGUGGCAGAAGAUGGAGUUAAUCACUUUCCUUAUUUGUUCAUUUGGAAGACGGCAAUACCACCAAAGAUUAAUAUCUUAAUGUGGUGUUUGAUUCACGAUAAACUGAAUACAAUUGAUAUCUUGCAACACAAAGGUAUGGAUCUCCAUAAUUCUUGUGUUCUGUGUGGAAUUGGUGUAGAAUCUCAGGAUCAUUUAUUCUUACAUUGUAAGAUUGCUUAUAAGAUUUGGUCGAGCAUUCUGCUUAAUGCAGGUUGGAGUUGGGUUUUACCGGGUUCCAUGAGAAUUUUGGCAGAAAGUUGGCACCAUAAUCAUUUUUCUCGUACAUGGAAUUAUAUUUGGGAUCUAAUACCAGCAGCGGUUGUUAAUACAAUUUGGAAUGAAAGGAAUUGCAGACGUUUUGAGGAACAAUAUAUUUACAAAACAGAUUAUGAUCUGGUUUUGUCUGUCAAAUCCUCUAUUUUAGUUUGGGCAGCAGCAACAGGUACACAAGAUUUUAUGUCUUCACAGAUUCAAAAUUGGAACUCUAUCUUUUUAUAA